AAAAAAAAAAUUUGAAAAUAUCUGUAACGGCUCAAAUCUGAUAGAUGGAGACGACGAAAUCGAUGAGUAAAGCUGUACGCGUGGUGGCUAGGGUUAAGCCGUCGUCGGAUCCGACUGCACAAGCCUCUUCAGCUUCAUCUAUAUCAGUUCACAAGCGAGAUCAAUCGGAGACGGUUUCGGUUUCGUUCAGAGCUCAAUUCGCCGGUUCGAAAGAGUCAUGUGAAUUGGAUCAUUUGUAUGAAGAUAACGAAUCCACGAGCUCGAUUCUCGUUAAGGAGAUUAAGCCUAUGAUAUCUAGUGUUUUUGAGGGUAGAGAUGUUAAUGUGAUUGCGAAUGGAGGAAGAAGUAGUGGGAAAACACUUCUUAUUCAGGGAUCUGAGUGGGAGCCUGGUUUGGUUAUCCUUGCAAUGGCUGAGAUGUUAUCAAUAGCUGAGGAGAGAGGAUACUUGAUUUUUGUAUCGUUUUACGAGGUGUUUCAAGAAGUUGUGUAUGAGAUGUUGGAGCAAGAGAAGCGAGUGGUUUUUGUAAUGGAAGGUGGACAAGGGAAGAUUCAACUAAAGGGACUAUCCAAGGUACCUGUGAAGUCACUCUCAGGAUUUCAAGAGGUGUAUUUUGGUCUCAACAAAAUACAGAAGGUGGUCAAUGACCUUCCUGUUAGGAGCCAUAGAGGUGUGAUGAUACAUGUUGCUAAGGGUGAAGCUACUUUGGGGAGGAUGAAUUUUCUUGAUAUGGCAGGUUAUGAGGACUCUAGGAAACAAUGCAAUGAUCUAGCUGCUUUAGAGAUUACUAGGAUAAAUAAGUCGAUAUAUGCUUUGCAAAAUGUCUUGUAUGCUCUCAACGCAAAUGAGUCUCAUGUGCCGUACAGGGAGAGCAAACUCACUCAUAUGUUGAAAGAUUGUUUACAAGGAAGCAACAGAACAUUGCUGAUCACUUGUCUGCCGCGGGAAUUUAGCCAAGACUCAUUUUACAUGCUAAACUUAGCAUCACGGAUCUGUCUAGGCAGUAAAAAAGCUAUGACUAAUGCUGCUACGAAGAGUAACGGUCCUGCAAGAUCUAUUGCAUCAUCCUCUGUCGCUCAAAAGAAACAUACACUUUUGGAUGUGUCUGCUACUUCUAGGCAACAAACAGGGAUAAGGGGAAGUAUGACAGAGAGAAAGGCUAAGCUCAACACUUCUGCUUCUGUAGUUAAAGGAAGGAAACUGUUUGGUGAAGCAAGUGAUUCAUUGAAAUGUAAAAAUAACUCCAAGAAGGAAAUUUCCACUCCAAAGGCUGUCUUGAAUGUUCAGGCCUCCUCAUCUGAAGAAGAAGUCUGUUCUUCAGUAAUGGUUGCAGAUUCUCAAUCUCAGCCUUCAACGGUAGAUGAGGAUAAUUCUGUCCCAGCUUCCUCAAGCUCUGAAAUAGCCAUGGAACCGGGCUAUUUAGACACUGCUUCUUUCAUCUCAGAAGUAGGAGAAAACUUGGACAAAGAGAACAACCGCUUUCUAUCUAGUGAAACUGCAUCACCACCACUCAGCCUGCAGCUUCGAGAACUUUCCAUGGCUUUGAAGUCGCUGUGCAAUAAUACCUCAAACCAACCAUCCACGCCUGAGAAUUAUCAAACUGCCUUAACUAAAUCACAAGUGGAAGAGCUACCAGAGCAUAGUGGUAUUAUUGCCGAAGCUGAGCUAAAUACUACUCCACAGAGAGUUGUGUCUUCAAAUGUUGGUUGUAAUCCUUGGAAUACAUUCAGUGCACAUAGCACUAAGCUGAAGAAUUCUGCUGUUGGAGAGUAUCUUAAGUUUUUAAACACAGCAGAUAAGGAGGAUCUAAAGAAGCUGAAGGGAAUUGGAGAGAAGAGGGCAGCUUACAUAGUCGAACUCCGCCAAGAAUCUCCUGAACCAUUUAAGCAACUGGAUGACUUGAAAGAUAUUGGACUCUCAGAAAAACAGAUUAAGGGAUUGCUAAGGCAAGAGAUUUGCGAGCUUUUCCAGUAGUAGCUGAAGAACAUUCUCUAUGGUCAACACGUAGUUGCUCAACUAAGAGUUUGAAGGUUUGAGUCCUGAAUCUGUGUUGUGACCAAUUCUACUGUCUAAUGUGAAUGAUCAGAUCUCUUCUUUUAUUUAUCAUUAGCUACAUCACUUUAUCAAUCAUGCAGUCAUAAACUGUCGCUUUUAUUAACAAUAAUCUUUACCUGAUGGAAACAAGAACACAAAAGCACUAAACAGACACAACAUGAGAGCUUCUAAAGUAGACAGUAGACAAAAGAGAUCACAACUUAAUCUACUUUGUUGUCGGCUGAGAAGUAAAUCUCAAAAGACCGAGGAAGAAACACAGGCAACAAGAGACCAAACAGAUUAUAAAACCACAUGACAGUGUUAACCGAAGCAAUGGCUCUUCCUCCAUACAAUCUUACCGGACCACCGGGACGUUGAGUAUCUGUGAACUCGGCUUUAACCCAAUCCAAAAGCGCAAAGAGACGACGAGCGUUGUAGAAAACCGGUCCAAGAAUACCAAUGGGCGUUGCAAAGCGGUCAGAGAAACCAAUGGGUUCAGUGAAGGCUUGACCUGAGAGGAGGAAGAGAUGUGGAGCUGCGGCUCUUACACCGUGAAUGUCUCCUCGGAAUAGUCCAUCUCCGAUAUAGCAAAUCGGGAAGAGUAGGCCUGAGAUCAAGAGAGAGAGAAUUUUACUAUUUAUAGGAAAAUAAAAACGUUAAUAACAAAGAUGAGGUAAGGAGAGAGUGAGAACCGAUGAUGGCAGUGGCGAGGAAGUAAACUUGAAAAAGUUUGUUUUUAGGGUUUGAGAGUCUCUUCUUCUGCUCGUUUUGCUUGCGAGGGAAGGCAAACCUGGAGAUGAACUCAUACAAGUAGAUGUAAGAUAGUAUCACAAACGCUAUUUCUCCUAUUCCAACGAGUCCUUUAGCAGCUAGUAGAAUCAUGAACGAGAGAAACACGAGCUGUCUCUUGCGGCUGAUGAGGCCACGUUUUGGCGGAGGUGGAGAAGGUUUAGGGAUGGUGUGACCACCGUGCUCUCGUAUCUCUUCCGACAUUAGAGAAGUCUUUGGUUUCAAGAGUUGUUCAGAAGCUGUUACAAGUUGUGUAAGAAGAGAUGGAGGGUUUUGUGUUUGGUUUGGUGAGGAAAUAAAGUGUAGAUAUGGAGUGGUUAACCUUCUCUGUAUUCUUAUCUAUUUCUGGGCCAUACAAUUAUUUUUUUCACCUAUGAGAAAAAGAGAG